AUGGCAGCCGCAAACGUGCAAGUUGUGGAGCUGGCUCCUCGUGAGAUGAUAUGGGCCCGGGAGUUCAAGAUUUCCCGUCAAAACGCACCUGCGACGGUGGAUGACCUCGUGGAGCUUCGCAGUCCGCUGACUCCUCAUUUGACCACGCAGCUGCCCUUUUGGGCAAAGGUGAGCUUCAAGAUGACUAUUGUGAUUCACAAUCCCAAUCCCUGGGGCGAUGAGGAGGUCGAGGAUGUGCUUCCGGCGUACGGCGGCUACGACCUGCUUCAGCCUGCUCCUUGGAAGGUAUCACCGAAUGGCGACCCUGAUCGACGGAUGGCCGCGAUGAUUUCGGCGGCCAGGCAGAAGCUCGAGAUCCAUUUGGAGAGGGCAAGAUUCCGUGGGUCGAGAGACAUUAUCGGGCACAUUGAGGCGAUCUACCUCCUCGUGGCCCCCUCUGGCGAGAUGGCACGCCUGCCUGGUCCUGCCGUUGCAGAAGACAGACCGGUGGGAGCCAAAAUCCAUGAGAUGCCGGAGGGUCUCGGCAACAAGCGCGGGGUUUGGAAUCCUCAGAACGAGGACACCCAGUGCUUUCAGUGGUGUGUAAGAGCACACAUGGCCGGCAUUGAGAGCUGGAGCAGCAACGACCGCAAGAAGGCUGCCAAGAAAGUUCGAGACCGUCGCUUUUACUUGGAUGGCUAUGCUCCCGCACCAAAUCGCCCUGCCAAAGGCGCUCAGGUCCGCCUCAACGACUUUGGCCUGGACUUCUCUACACUUCCGACUGAUCGCGGUGUCGUUUGGACCGAUAUAGACGCCUUCGAAGCCGCAAACCACGGCAAGAUGGUGAGAGGACCCACCGUGGAGGACGCCCCCAUCCAGAUCCUGUUGCUGCGCGUGGUGAAUCACUUCAUGCUCAUCUUCAACUUCAACAACUUCUGCAGCAACCGGAGCGCGGAGCUCGACGGAUCAAGACGUCUUACGACUCAGGUCUUCGCUUGCCACCGGUGUGGCGGGUCCUUCAAAAGUGCAGAGACCUUGGUCGCGCGCCAGGAGAAACCUUGCAGCCGAGAUCCUGCAAAAAGGUUUUCGCCAAUUCGCAUGCCCAACGUGAGCAAGAACGAGCACCGCCUUCGCUACAAGGCUGGGAAUUCUGCAGAGCUCGCUCCCCUCGUGUUGUUCGCGGACUUGGAGACUUGGACUGAGGAGGCUCCCAACGUGCAGGUCCAGGAGAUCAGCCACGGGAUCCAGCGAAAUGUAGCUUCUGCGGCCUUCAUGGCCGUGACUCGCAACGGCUUUGAGGUCGACCAGGCGGACAAGAUCUUUGUUACCCAUGCUGAGAUUGGGGAGCACCGGUUUGCCGUCGUGGAGCGCUUUCUCCGCAAAAGCUUGGCUCUUGCCAAGAGCUACAAGGCGUGGGCGGAGCAAACCAACGUCAUGGCGAAGCCCACGGAUUUGCAGUGGAGACAUCACCAAGAAGCUGUUCGUUGUGAGCGAUGUAACAUUGCCUUCCGCGAGGGCGACUCCAGGCGCAUGAAGGUGUGCCACCACCGGCACGGGACUGGUGAGUACUUGGAGGCAUUGUGUGCCACUUGCAACAAAGGCAUAAGGCAGCCUCCCUGUGUUCCGGUGUUCUUUCACAACGGCGGGUCCUUCGACUUUGGCUUCCUCAUCAGGGCCAUCGCCUACCUGAGAGGAGGAGGCAGUACCGGUCAACCCCAGGAGGUGAUGGUGGAGGACGAGCAGCUCCCCGCGACCGAGGACUUGGACGAAGAGGCCGACUUCUCCAAGCUGACGUUCCAGGUGCUCUUCAAGUCCGGGGAGAAGCUGCUGCAGUUUCGCUUCGGCAAUUUGGUCUUCCGCGACAGCAUGAACUUUUACAAGCAGGGUCUGGGUGACCUCAUUUCCGAGCUGAAGAAGACCGCACCCCAAGGCAAUGCAUCUGCUGUCUUCCCGCACGUGGCCUUGACGCACCCUGACCUAAACGAAGAUCGCUUGACCGAGGAGAGACGCAGACGACUUUGGCUGCACUUCGCGAGUGACAAGGACGCAGAGGGCUGGAGAGAUUGCCCUAUGGAGGUAUGGCAAGCCGCUCCCGUGUGGAGCAGACAGUGCUAUGAUUCCAAGCUGGAUCCUGACACUCAGCAAGCCAGACGAAAGAAGGACGAGGCCUACCAGCUUCUCGUGGAGACGGCGGCCAUCAUGGGGUGGCGAACUUUUCGAGAGAUGCAUGAUGCGUACCUUGUCAUGGAUCUGGCGUUGUCGGACGUGAUGGAGGCAUUCCGGGGAGCAUUCUUUCGUCGCUUUCGAGUGGACGCUCUCCAGUACAUCACCUUGCCGGGAGCAGCCUUCGACGCCAUGCUCUUGAAGUCCACCGUGCACCGACCAAUCAACCUUAUCGUGGAGGAGGAGAUCUACCGAGUGGUUAGGCGCUCCGUUAUGGGAGGCCUGAGCUGCAUCUUUCAGCCAUACGCAAAGGCCAACCAUCCGGGCCUCGACGAUUUUGACUCGCGACAGCCUCAGAGCUACAUCCUGCCGCUGGACGUGAAUUCCAUGUACCCAGGCCUCAUGACCCAUCCCCUUCCUUGCGACUCUGGCGAGAUGAUAGCUCUCCCGCAAAGUCAAGAAGAACGCUUUGCCUGGCUGGAGGCGAUGCUGGACGGGAUCGACUUCCAAGCGAGGGACGAAGAAGAGUGCUACCUGGUGGUGAUCGACUUCGAUUUCCCUGCCGAGUACCACGACCAGCUUGAUUGGGCGCCUCCCGCGAGGAUGAAGGUGACGAAAGACAUGCUCGGGGAGCACUCGUUGAGGAUUGCUGCGGAGAACGGAUGCGAUCUGCGUGGCUCCGAGAAACUCGUACCGUAUCUUGGUCGCCACAUCGAAGAAGACGUUGACGCGAAGAGGCUCCAGUUUAUGCAGGAGGUGAUGAGGGCCCGCGUGCGCAAGAUCCAUGCCGCCAUCAAGUUCCGUUGCUCAAAGGCGCUGGCUCCGUGGAUGCAGUGGUGCUACGACGAACGCAUCCGUCUCAAAAAGGCGGGUCACCCCAUCGAGGCCGAAGCCGUGAAGCUCGCUAUGAACUCAAUCUACGGAAAGUUGAUACAGAAUGUAGAGGGCUACCGCAGCGCAGGAGUUCACACAGAC